AUGGCAGAUUUGCUUCCUCUUGAUAUUCCAGAGGAUUUCACACGCUCUAAGAAUCGUAACCACACCGGAGAAUUUCAUCCGAUACCUGACGAUCUUCAUUUUUUUUAUGGGACAGCUGGUUUUCGACAAAAUGCAGAUCUUCUGACGUUUGUGGUGUUUAGAAUGGGUUGUCUUGCUGGUUUACGAGCUAGAGGGUUAAAUCGGGCUGUUGGUAUUAUGAUCACUGCAUCGCAUAAUCCAGCAAUUGACAAUGGAGUGAAAAUCGUUGAUCCUAUGGGAGAAAUGCUUGCUACGGAUUGGGAGGUUUGUUUAAAAGCGGUUAUAUCCAUCCAACGGUUUGCUGCCUCAUUGUGGUUGGGAGGUGUUCCUGGGUAUCGGGCUGCGAUUGGGCCGCACCUCAUGGAAGCUGCGCGGGAAGGUUCUGCUUUGAUGGGUGUUCGUUAUGAAAAUCAUGGCUUACUAACUACUCCUCAGCUGCACUAUAUUGUACGAUGUAAAAACGAUCCAUCUUUCGGUGAGGCUAACGAAAUUGGAUACUAUGCGAAGAUGUCUAAUGCGUUCAAGGAGCUUAUGAAGCUAAAUGGUGAAAAUGAGCAAUCAUCAUACUCUCGGAAUCUUAUUCUUGACUGUGCGAACGGUGUCGGUGCCAAAAAAAUGCGAAUGCUUUGUGGAUUUCUUCCACAGGAUGCUGUACAUGUGCAGUUUCGUAACGAAAAUGGUGAACUGAAUCACAAGUGUGGUGCAGAUUAUGUCAAGAUUAGACAAGUGCUUCCCGAAAAUUUUACCGAUGUGAACGUGAAUACAAAGUGCGCAUCGUUUGAUGGUGAUGCAGACAGAUUGGUAUAUUUCAGAAAAGCGUCCAGUGAGGGGGAAAGGGCUAUAUUACUUGAUGGCGACAAAAUAGCGAUAUUGAUAGCGAAAUAUAUAAAGGAGGCUCUAAACAGUGCUCAAAUCACGGACCUUACGAUGGGUGUAGUACAAACUGCUUAUGCGAAUGGAAACUCGUCUAAAUACCUAAGAGAAGUCUUGGGUAUAACACCUGUAUUUGUACCGACUGGUGUAAAGCAUCUGCAUCAUGCGGCGAUCCGCUUUGACAUUGGAAUUUACUUUGAGGCUAACGGACAUGGGACAGUGGUUUUCAGCAAGAAAUUCAAUGAGAGGAUAAGAACUUGUUCUCUCAAGCGAUUGCAGCUUUUCUCAAACAUUAUAAAUGAGGUGGUCGGUGAUGCUAUGGCUGAUCUUCUUGUGGUGGAAUCACUGUUACGAUGGUACGGACUUUCUAUAGAAGAUUGGGAGAGUCAGUUCUACACUGAUGCUCCAAGUCUACAAAUUAAAGUUCCGGUGGCAGAUCGAUCGAAAUUCAAAACUACAUACGAUGAGACCAUUUUGCUUGAACCUCAAGGUGUUCAAGAGAAGAUAAAUUCAUUUGUGAAACAGUGCAGCGGAGCCAGGGCCUUUGUUAGGCCUUCGGGAACAGAGAAUAUUGUUCGAGUUUACGCCGAAACUCAACUAGCUGAUGAAACGGUCGCCCUGGCUGAAAGUGUGGCUAAUCUAAUAAGAAAUCUUUGA